AUGUUCACAGUGAGAAGCCCCCAGGACCUGCAUCAGCCUGUGUCAAGGGAACAGGGACAAGGCCUGCACCUGAAAGUCCCUCUUUCAGAGACAGUUGGAGGGGUGGAUUAAAGGAGUUGACAUAAUGGCUCUGGAAAGGAUUGCCAGCUGAGCGAACAGACAGUAAAUACCUUAAAACCCCUCUUUCUGUUAAAUAAGUAACCCAGAUCACAGUUUGUUCCUCAGCAGCAGUGACAGAUACAGAUACUAUUGUCAGGGAAUGACAGAAAAUCAAACAUGGGUCACAGAAUUCAUUCUCCUGGGAUUCCCACUCAGCCCACUGACUCAGGUGUUCCUCUUCGGGCUCUUCUCCCUGUUCUAUGCCUUCACCCUGCUGGGGAACAGCACCAUCCUGGGGCUCAUCUGGCUGGAUUCCCGACUGCACACCCCCAUGUACUUCUUCCUCUCCCACCUGGCUGUUGUUGACAUAGCCUAUGCCUCAAAUAAUGUCCCAAAGAUGCUGGCGAACCUUCUGAACAAGGAAAAAACGAUCUCCUUUGUCCCAUGCAUAAUGCAGACCUUUUUAUACAUGGCUUUUGCUCACACUGAGUGUCUCAUCUUAGUAAUGAUGUCUUAUGAUCGAUAUGUGGCGAUUUGCCACCCCCUACGUUACACUGUCAUCAUGAACUGGAGAGUAUGCACGGUUCAGGCUGUCAUUUCCUGGGCAUGCGGCUCCCUGCUGGCCCUGGUCCAUGUGGUUCUCAUCCUGAGGCUGCCCUUCUGCGGGCCUCAUGAAAUCAACCACUUCUUCUGUGAGAUCCUGUCUGUCCUCAAGCUGGCCUGUGCUGACACCUGGCUCAACCAAGUUGUCAUUUUUGCUGCUUCUGUGUUUAUCUUAGUCGGGCCCCUCUGCCUGGUGCUGGUGUCCUACACGCGCAUCCUGUUCGCCAUCCUGAGGAUCCAGUCCGGGGAGGGCCGCAGAAAGGCCUUCUCCACCUGCUCCUCCCACCUCUGCGUGGUGGGGCUCUUCUUUGGAAGCGCCAUUGUCAUGUACAUGGCCCCCAAAUCCCGCCACCCUGAGGAGCAGCAGAAGAUCCUCUCCUUGUUUUACAGCCUUUUCAACCCUAUGCUGAACCCGCUGAUCUACAGCCUGAGGAACACCGAUGUCAAGGGCGCCCUGAGGAGAGUGCUGUGGAUGGAGAGAUCAAUGUGAGGGAUGCCAGAGAUGGUCUUGAUGGUGGAAGAGUUGUUUUCUAUGACAUUUGGGGUGAUGAUAAUACAAAUGCCUUACAAAAAUCUCAUGUAUAAGAUUUUCAAUAUUAAUACUAUAUAUUGAUCAGAUUCUGUCCCUAAGCAUGGGGUACUUCCAGACCACAAGGUGUAAGCGGAAAAUCACAAAGUACAGGCCAUACGAGAAUUGUGUAGUGAUGAAACACUGGAGUGGAGAGCCAUGGACUCCUAUGGCCAAUCCCCAGAGCUACCUAAGAUCCAGUUUCUUAUCUUUUGAGGCUUUUUUCUCUGACAUCUCCCCUUAAGUUCAUCUAAGAUUUCCAUCUCCUUUGUUGCUCUAAGUAUAUGCUAAUAAUGCCAUGAUCGAUUCUGUACAAUAGUACACCUCUAGCAAGACAGAAUAAAUAGUGACCUUGUUAAGCAGUCCCCUCCUAGGAAAUACAGUGAGGACUGUGGGUAGAACCAACACCCUCAUCUGGAACUUAAAGUCUAAGCAAGAUGACAUUAGUUCUGAAAAAUUAUGUGCAUCAGAGCCUGAGGAGUCUAUUCCUGUGAAAAGCAAAGUUUAAUUUUAUGGGUUUUUUAUAUGUAUAUGAGAGGCAGAGAAAUAUCAGGAUCUUUGUUUCAUUUUAUUUAAUUAUGCUCCAUUUACUUUAAGAGUUUGUGUUUAGAAUAAAUACGAGAUUCAGUUAUUAGGGAGAAUUGCUUGUCCAGUGUUCAGGUUACAAAGCCGGAUGUAGGUAACAAUUAACCAUUAGGAGGAUGGCAUAAAAUGUCACAGAAGCAACAAAAUCUUGGAGGGAUUUCUUCCAAGGGAGGCCAGCAGCUUAACAUAAUGUUGUAAACUCACAUUUAGAACCACUAACAUGACAAAGUCUGAUAAAGAUUUGUAGGAACCUCAACAAAAUUC